AUGCGCUCUUCUGAGCUGGAGCGUAUUUUCGAGAAGCACGGAAAACUGUCGCGCUGCUAUGGAUUCAUCGAGUACCACGAGAUUGAAGAUGCUGAAGACGCGAUUAAAGCAUGCAACGGCAUGUCUCUUCAGGGCGAACGCAUCGUGGUGGAAUUUGCCAAGGGUGCUGCCAGAAAGCGCGACGACAACACGUGCUUCCGCUGCAACCAAGAAGCUGGAUCCGGCGGCCGUCGUGGCGGCCGCAGCCGCAGCCGUAGCCGCAGCCCGCGCAGCCGGCGUCAAAGAGGUGACCGCCGGGACGGCAGCCGCAGCAGAAGACAUCGUUCGCGUUCGGCGUCGCCCGGCCGCAGACACAGCAGCAGAACGCGCCGUGGAGGCGACCGCAGCAGCGGUGGGGGUGACCGGGCAAGGCCGUCGCGUGGAAGCCGCCGCAGUCGCUCGCGCAGUGCGUCGCCACAUCGCGGUAGCGGUGGCCGUGGAAAUGGACGCCGGGGCGGAGAGCGCCGUAGUGGGCGCUCGGCGUCACCCGGAGCCCGCGGAAAGGGCUCCAAGUAUACCGAUAGGGAUGCGCCGCAGACUUGGGACAGGAAGGAGGACAGCGCCAUUGUGGACAGCGCCCAUGAGGAUAAGGCCGGCGGCAACGCCUUCACCCCCGACCAUGAGCUGACGGCGCCAACUGGGACGCUUAAUCAAAUGUUUCUUUAUUCAACUCAGCCUGUCAAUUUUUUAUACUUAUAA